AGAGUAAAAUCUACAAACUGACACAGAGCGCUUGUACAUAGUUAAGAUGUGGUUCUUAAGAAAUCCAGUGAAGAUUGAAGGAACUGAGUUCUUUAAUAAGAGGGCUAUAUACAUCAGUAAUCAUGCAUAUCCCAUAGACAUUUUCCUCAUAAUGUGGUUGACUCCAACAGGGCACUGUUGGCAUUGCAAAGGAAGAGGUGAGUAUUACCACUGUAAUUUAUGCAUCCUAGAUUUGCCCAAAGGCUUUAACUAGCAAGGUUUCCUUAGCAACCUGCUUUGCAAAAUUGUACUACAUCUUCUACCUGCAAUUAAUGGAUCAAUUAAACCACAAAGAGUAAACAUUUCUCAUUUAAUCAAUAAAUAAGAGUGUUGGAA